AUGACUGCAGGCCCUCCAUGGAGCGGUUGGAUCGAAACCACAGGCGACGCCUUGAUUAUCUUUGAAGCUGCCAAACGCAACCUCAUUCCACGAGUAACUCGUCGUCUUGUCGACAACGAACGAAGCAUGAUCAUGAGCGGGAGCGUGUUCGUCUUCAAUGAAGAGGAGUCCGGUAUCAAGCGGUGGACGGAUGGGUGCUACUGGUCACCCAGCCGAAUACUUGGAAAUUUUCUGCUCUACCGCGAGACGGACAAGAAAGGCGCAUCGCACGGCUCGAAAAAGCGGAAGCAGGAAGAGUUGGACUCGGAGGAAGGGGAGGGAGAGAUGGAGGGAGAAAGUCUCAGUCGCCCAAAGAACCAAGUUGUUCAUGGCGUUGACCGCAACGAAGAACGGAAACUCAUGGGAAGUCUUACCAACAGCGUCAAAUUCAAGAAGGAUGGGCUCAUGAAAAAGACAUUGUCCAUGACAAUCAACGGCUCUACCCAUCACCUAAUUUCGUACUACAAGAUUGCGGACGUUACAGCAGGGCGUCUCCGUACACCUUCAACAUUGCCAGAGUUUGUUUCUCUGGAGAUCAGUCCGGUCUUUCUCGAUAAAGCCAACUUUCGAUGUCCCCCCAAAAUGGAGCUAGAUCCCGAUGGCCACCCACGGUAUAGAGGUGAGGCGGACGAGGUACUUGCGCAGGGGAUGGACCUUGGCCUGGGUAUUAGCGCCGCCCCAAUACGCGUUUCACGGUCUACCAGUAAUGGUAAGGGAAGAAAUAACAUCAUCAAAGGCAAGGCACGCGACCUGGAUGAGCAAGAUGUUAAGCCCUCAAAUCGCAGUCUUACUUCGAGACGUCAUAUCCCAGCUCAUGAACCUAGAUCUCCCCCUACAUCCCGAAUAGGGACCUCAAGAAAGCGGGAACUGCAUCGCGAUGAGAGCUUAUCUCCGACUCCAACAAGUUCCACCCUAAAGCGUGCUAAAGUGGAGAGUGUCGAUGUGUCACCCCUCCGUGUUUUCAUCCCUUCCACUCCAGCAACUCAACCGUCUCCUUCAUCUGUGAAACCUCCUCCGAUAAUAACCCCACAGACCAAUCAAAUCAGUGUUAGCACGGCUAUGCAAGCAACUCCGACGUCCAGCAACUCGAUGAGCUCAAGCUCACUUGCGGCGGCGGCGGCUGCAUAUACCCAGGAAGCUUCCCAACAAAUACGAGUCAAACAGUCGCAAAGCCUCUCAGAUCUAGCUGGCCCGACCCCCCAGACUCAGAUGCGUUCCCUCCCAUCUAUGGUGUACUACCCCCCGUCCGACGAUAGCCCGUCUUACUAUCCGUCACAAACCAUCUCCACGCUUAUUCCUACCCCCAAUUCAUGGUCAACUGAAAUGCCCACUUCGUGGUCGCGACAGUUGCAGCAUGAACAUUCCUUGGCAUCUUAUCACACGCCUUUCUCCCCGGCCUCCGCAUCUUCGCUUAACGCGGCCCUCGUACCUGGUCCUCCCAAGUCAUCGUCAGCGCCCUCUCAUGUCCGAUAUCAAGAUGAUGACCAGUAUAGAUAA